GUAGAGGGUUGCUAGCUAACGAGUCAAUAGUUAGUCGAGGGGUUGUCAAGAGGAUGCCUGUAGGGUUGGUUGUUCUGCGGAGGCUCAGUUGGUUUCCUCUGUGGUUGUUUCAUCGACUUUGAUGCACGGCCUCAUACGGCGCAUGCAACGGCGUGUACAGAAAGGUGUACGGAGUAGUGCCGUGAGUCGUCAUCGUUACCAAGGCAUGUAAUCUGUGACCCUGUCGCCGCCCUGCAUUCUACGCGUUCAUCUGAACCUAGGGAAAUUUCGGCUCAGCGCCAGGGAAAUACGGUUGCUCUGCGCCAGUCAUUCUGCUGCUACGCCGCCAUUCUGACCUCCGCCGUUGUCCCGACGUUUCUCUUGCAGGAUUGGCGCCGUUAAGCCUAACCGGUGUCGGCCAGAUUGUUAGAUCGCCUCGCCGCUUCAAGAACACGGGGUGGGGGGUAAAACCCAAAGGCUUCGUACCAGCGUGUGUGUCCAGAUUUCGCAACGGGCACUGCGACGACUCGACGAUCAGGAAGCGCAGUGGUAUGUCUUGCCGCUCCUGCUGAGACACGGGGUGAAGUGAUCGCAGCGGCCGUGGUGUGUGUGCGUGAGGGAUGAAAACGCAAGAAGGCAGGGAAUCUCCCGGCAGAAGCAGCAAGCGGUCCAUGGCGCGCUACGACGACAGCCCUCGAGGCAAUCACGAUCGGCGGGACCGACGGUCCAACAAGUCGCCGCCGGAGCAUCGGCGCCGGGGCCGCGACACGUCGGCCGACCGGCUGCCGCCGUACGAAGACUACCGUGGUGGCCGCGGUUUCCAGUACAGGGCACUGCUGGCCACCAACCUCAACAACAAGUGCAGCGACGCGCAGAUGCGCGACAACCUGCUGGAAUUAUUCCGGCGCUACGGCGAUAUCCUGGUCAAGCUGUGUCACGAGGGCUCCGAGCGCGUCGCCUAUAUCUACUUCCAGUCGUACGAGGAUGCCAAGUCUGCGCUGCACACCAAGCAGCGUGCCACGUGCGCCGAACGGCCCAUCCAACUGGAGCCCCUCCCGCGGAACCGGCAGCGCAGCCAGAGCCCGCCGCCCGACUACCACCACCACCACCACCCGUCGCCGCCCGUGGGGCCGCGCCGCGGGGUGCGGCUCGAGCACCACCACCGGCUGCAGCCGCCGCCACCGCCGCCGCCGCCGCUGCCGCCUCCGCCUGUACAGCCCCCGCUGGACAUGCGGCCUAUCGAGCGGCCCAUCGAGCGGCCCUUCCCACCUCGCUUCCGUCGCGACGAGACCAAGAAGGAGAAGUUCCCGAACUACCUGCACCACGUGCCCCCGGAGGACGACGACAAGGCAACGCGCACCCUGUUUGUGGGCAACCUCGAAGUGCCCAUCACGGAGCCCGACCUGCGCCGCAUCUUCGCGCGCUACGGCGUGGUCGAGGACAUCGACAUCAAGCGCCCGCCGCCGGGACAGGGCAACGCGUACGCCUUCAUCAAGUUCGUUAACCUGGACAUGGCGCACCGCGCCAAAGUGGAGAUGUCAGGCCAGUAUAUCGGCAAGUUCCAGUGCAAAAUCGGCUACGGUAAAGCCACACCGUCGACGCGCAUUUGGGUGGGUGGCCUGGGUUCUUGGACCUCCAUGUCGCUGCUCGAGCGAGAGUUUGAUCGAUUCGGCCUCAUCCGUAAGAUUGAGUACGUGAAGGGCGACUCGCACGCCUACAUUCAGUUUGACAGCAUCGACGCUGCAACGUCUGCCUGUCAGCAGAUGCGUGGCGCACCCCUGGGAGGACACGACAAGAGGCUGCGGGUGGACUUCGCUCACCCCGACCCCACUGCGUAUGCGGCCUACCCCGGUGCCGCGGAGCCUUUCCGGGCGCCGGCAGAUUAUGCAGACCCCAGCUGGCCAGGCAGAUACGACGACCGGCGCUGGGAAGCAUCCUACGUGUCCGUGCCCCCGCCUCCGGGCAGCUGGCGGCCCCGCAGCCCGCCGAGCCCCUCUGCAUCGGCAAAGCGCGAGAAUGGCGCAGCCCAGAGUGCCACAACCUUGCAGGAACUGGCAUGUGGGCGCACAGUAUGGCAGGGGCUGCUGGUGCUCAAGAGCAAUGCUUUUCCUGCACGCAUGGUCCUUUGCACUCCAGAGCCAACCAUAACCAUGCUGGGCAGCGACCAGACGCUCCGGAUUACCCAACGGCUGCGACUAGAUGCUGGCAAGCUGGCGGAAGUGGAGCGGCGGUUAGCGCAAGGUCUGUGUUCCAUCCUGGUGGCUCUGGGUCGUGACAGUGGAAGCCAAGAAGCCAGUCAGCCGGUGCUCCAGAACCUGGUUAGCUACCUGAAGCAGAAGAACGCAGCAGGCGUCAUAACUGUGCCCAAGGGCAUCGUGUACGCCUUUCCACCGUGUGACUUUGCCCUCAAGGUGUUGCACACUGCUUGCCCAAACAUAAAGCUCUUGGACGAGGACCACAUCUUGGUGGUUGCCGCACCAAACCCCGACAAGUAGGGCCUCCCUCCCCCCCUCCCCCCCUCAGUCACCCAUUCUUUUCUCUGCUGAAUAUAUAAAAUAAACGCUCCCAUUUGUGGUGGAAGUGUGUUCUCUGUGCACUUGGCCCUGCUGGCUCUUGAGUGUGCGGUGCCCAUUCCGCCACCGCUGAAGAUGCCAUUCAACACUUCUGUGGCACAGGUUAUUUCUUCAACGGGGCUUUGCAUGCAGUGAGCCUGUGUUGUGUGAAAGUGAUGAAGCACGUAAGUAGCUCCAAUAAGUGUGCGUGACACGGUGCUGGUGGUGAUGGUGGCUUUUUUUUUUACUUUAUUUACAAGGACAGUGUCACCGACUUGAUGCGAGCACUUGCUGCAAGUCUUCAGGAAGUCCAGAGACAAUGGCUUGUACAUGUUGCCGCAGCUUGGCCAUGGUUUGUGGCGUUACAGGCAGGCUGCCCUUCUCGCCAGACACCUGCGGCAAAUGCAUGUUUGUGUCAGUUUUUGCAUGAUGCGUGCAUGUAAUGACAAAAAUCAACGCUUUUUGUGGGCUUUAGACUACAGUACAGCAUGCCAAGUGUGAGCAAGAAAAUUGGAAGACCCCUUUAAGUGCACAACGCCUUUUGGUUGCCUACGAUGUUUCAUUUAUUUGGACAGCUCAUUCGUUACAUUGCAGUUUGUAUACAUUUUGGACUUUGACCUUUAUUGAAGUCCUUGCUAUUUUCUUCCCCCAUCUUGCUGAUGUUCUCAAUAUUUUAGUAUGCUCAUUGCAUAUCUUGCAUGUAUAGUGCAGUUUCCUAUUGCAAAGUUGCCCAGUUGAAUUCUUACUUUCACAUUUGACCAACAAGUUCAUCGUUCAGGGUUCACCAUGAACUGAAACCUCUGUACGUACACGUUUGGCCUACAGUGCCACCAAGUAUUGUCAGCAGACCACUUAGGUCUUGCACUGUUAUUCACCGUUACUGCUAGGUCUUCCAACAUGCCCAGGACUACCAAGUGCUUUCCAUGAAUAGCGAGAUAAUUUGGCAUCACAAGUUGGCACUAAAGCUUAACCAGAAUCUGGAACUGGUUGCUGCAAGAGAGCACUUCUGUCACUGGAUGUUCAGCUUAAGGCUAGUCUUAAAAGAAUUUGCUUUGCUAUAACAAGCUUUUGAGGCUUUAGCACGGGGGCUGCUAUCUGUAUACAUUGGCAAAAUCAUUUUUCGGGGCAAUUACUGCAUUGAUUUUGAUAAAGUUUGUAACAUUUAAAAGAAAAAGUUACGAUAUUGUGACUAGCAAGUCUUUAUUUCGGGCAUGAACCUUCGAGAAAAAAAUUUUAAACUCUGCUGUUCAGUUUACAAUUCUAGCUAAGCAAUGAAAAAUUAUAUUACGGUUCUGUAAGCUCCAUCUACUUGUACACCUAAAGAAGACAAAAUGAUUAUAUACUGCUCUGAAGUGUACCACUUAUCAAGUAGGACUUUUGCAGAACCCUUGUAAACAUUGUAACAAUUUUGUACAACCCGUAAAUUUAUAUAUCAAGUUUGUCCCCUUUAGGUGAUCUAACGGAUGCAGCUUAUGGCGCUGCAAAGCUGUUUUUGGUGCAGUUGCGGAUUUGCAAACAUUGUGCUUCAAUUCCAGACCCGAAAUCAAAACUCUGCUUCCUAAAGUCGCUGGAAUUUAAACUUUUCUCUGAAAUGCUACAAACUUCAUACAAAUCUAUCUAGUGGUUUUGUGCAUUUUACAUGUAUUUGAAUAGGAAAACUGGAAUUGGCCCCAAGCUAAAGAUUCUUCUUAACCUGAACCUGGAAUGUGUUUAAGGGCAUUGUUUUUUAUUAAAAGGGCCAUGACAUCAAA